ACGGGUCGGAAAGCCUCUCCGAAGGCGGCGAAGGGGCGCUCGGGCGGCGCCUGACCCGGCUCCGUGACGAGCGCAGCCCCUCGCCGCCCCCGGAGGCCGGCCUGGAAAGGGGGCCGGGCGGCGGCGGCGGCGGGAGUUUCCCCGACCCUCGUGAGCGGAGCCUUUCCCGGAACCGCCUCCGGGCGUAUAAACUCGGGCGAGAGGCUGCGGGCGCCACAAGCGGAUGCUCCGGCGGCAGCCUGGCGGGACUGAUUCGGCGUCGCCUGCGCACCUGAAGGGCUCUCCGGCCGCAGUGCCCGCUCCGCGCCAUGCCGCGCCUGCCCGCUGCCCUCCUCCUGCUCGCCUCGGCCGCUUGCUCUGCCGCGCAAGAGGCUCAACAAGAGGACUACUACUUGAGGAUUUGGCCAGAAAAGCCUGCAGUGAAGUAUGGAGAUUCCAUGGUAUUAAACUGCAGUUCCAAUUGUGAGAACAUUGGCUUGGAGACCAGCUUGCAGACCGUUGCUGCAGGGACUGGGCCUACUUGGAAAGCCUUCAAUCUCACCAGUGUUACUGAGUGGGAACCAAAGCCAUUGUGUUUUGCUACCUGUGGGGGGACAGAGCAGAAAUAUCAGAGGAUAACCACCACAGUUUACCGAGCUCCGGAGCGCGUAGUGUUGGAUCCGCUGCCAGAAGUGGAGGUGGGUAAGGAGUAUAAUGUGACUUGUCGAGUUUUCAAUGUUGCCCCCAUCUGGAACCUCACCGUGACCUUGUAUCAAGGGGAGAGGAGGCUGUAUGUGGAGACCUUUGAGGACCACAGGAAUCCUGAAGCCGGCAAUGUUGUGGUGACAAGCAACAGCAUCACCGCUCAGCAGAAUGACCACGGAGAGGAAGUCACCUGCCGCGCAGUUCUGGACCUGAGGCCAGAAGGGCCCUACUUGGAAAUGGCUUCCCUCAGCAAAUCGCUGGAGACUGUUGUUUUCCCCAUGGACCCAUAUCUCCAAACUUUGGGCUCUGUAGAGAUCAAUACUAGCAUGCCUGUGGAAUGUGAGGUGUCUGGACUUUUUCCGGUUCAAAAGGCAGUGUUUCAGCUGUUCUUUGCAGGGGAGAGAUUGAACUCCAGCAACCAUAUAUCAGAGCACAAAGUGAGUGCCCAGGCUCAGGUGACCUCAAUAUCAGCAGGAGAACAUCAGUUGAUCUGCACAGUCUCUCUCGGGCCAGUGACCAAAACUGCAGAGAGUACUGUGAAUGUUUACAGUUUGCCCAAACCCACCCUGCACAUUGACCACCCCCAAAUCCCUGUCAACACAAAUGUGACAGUUAUGUGCAGGUCUGAUGGCUCCAAGUCCCCUGGUGUCGUCAUGCGCAUCAGUGACACCAAGGAGAUCUUACUAUCCGGAGAUGGUCCUUCUCUGCAGUAUUCACUCACAGCCCAGAAAGAGGAUAAUGGGAGGCAAUUCAUGUGCAAAGUGGAGCUGAAAGUUGAUGGGCGCUCGGUUGUGAAAGAGACAUCUGCAAAUCUCACUGUCUUCUAUGCGCCCCAAAUGAGUGAUUCUAGCUGCCCUGAUAAGUUGACCUGGAAGGACGGCAGUGAAGAGACCUUUAUCUGUUCAGCCUCAGGAAACCCACCACCAACUGUUGAAUGCAGGAAAGAUGAGGUGUCGUACAACAUUGGGAUACAGCAGCAAGUCACAAAAGAGCAUGGUGGCAUCUAUCAUUGCAAUGCCACCAAUGCCUACGGAUUUGAUGUAAGAGAUGUGAUCAUACAGAUUGAAUCUUACCAGCCUGACAUCCUUGGAAUCAUAAUUGGGGUUCUCUGUGUAUUGGUUAUUUCUUCUGCAGUAGGGGUGGCUUAUUACAUGCACUACAGAAGUAAGAUCAAGAAGUACCACCUAAGACGGCGGCAGCAGCAAGUAACGGGGAGCCCCAUGGAGCAAAAGUGCCUGAAUGGCAAUGUAUAGUCUGUGAAUGUUUAAGUGGACAGGUGGCUGCUAUAAACUGAAGAGGAACUUGAGCCCAUGCCAGCAAGUUGCAGUUGUUCUUCAGGUUCAUCCUCCCCACUUAGCCAGUGAUCAGGGGGAGAAAAUGGGAAAGCAUUCUUGAGAUGCUGAACAACUGAUGGGCAGUACUCCAACUGGACUUUGUCUUAAGGAGUUUGAAUGGUUUCUGCACUUUCAGA